AUGCGACCUCAACACGAAAUCGAUAUCAUCAACGCUCGCUAUUGAUACAAUCCACAUCGUUCAUGGAUCAAGAUGGAACUAAGACAGCGGUGAUAGAAGCCAUUCCUGCGAAAAUCUCACCACGUGAAGACAUCAUCAAGUCCCUGUCCGAAGCCGGCGAUGGGAAUGCCGGAAUCUAUUCUCAAUUGUUCAAUAAUCCGCUGUUUACAGCCGGCUUUGGCCUCGCAGCAUUAGGCGCCGCAGUUCGGUAUGGGUCGCUCGGACUUCGCCAUGGUGCCUCAUUGCUACGGCGGCGGAUGCUGGUAGACCUGGAAAUCACCCGGCAUGAUGCAUCGUACGAAUGGGUCCUCAAUUGGAUGACGCGGCAUUACCAUGAGCAGGUCGUCCAGGGCGGUCAACAACGUAGCAGCGGGGCAGUGGAAUACCUGCUUCGGAAAUUCACUCCGGGCCUGCAUCAUCUUCAGAUCAAGACCGAUAUCAUGAAGACCGCGACCGGCGCCGAAAGGACGGCGUUCGCUUUAGUCCCCGGCCACGGGAAACACAUUCUGCGUUUCAAAAACGCCUUCAUCGCCGUCAGCCGGGAGCGCGAAGGACGCAGUUUCGAUGCCAACGGCCGACCUUUCGAAACCGUCAAAUUGACCACCCUAUAUUACCACCGCCACAUCUUCCAGGAGCUCUUCACCGAAGCCCAUCAAAUGUCCCUCUCGCUGAACGAGGGCAAAACCGUCGUCUACACCAGCCGCAACACCGCCUGGGAAAUCUCCGGCACGCCCAAACGAAAACGGCCCCUCGAAUCCGUCGUGCUGGCCGAAGGUCUCGCCGAGCGUGUGCAAGCCGACAUGCGCGAAUUCCUCGACGCGAGGACCUGGUACCUCGACCGCGGCAUCCCACGGCGCCGCGGCUAUCUCCUCCACGGCCCGCCGGGCACAGGUAAAACCUCCUUCGUGCAAGCCCUGGCCGGUGCCAUGGACUGCAACAUCGCAAUGCUGAGUCUCAGUCAGCGCGGUCUCACCGACGACCUGCUCAACCACCUCUUGAUCAACGUCCCCCCGCACACCAUCGUGCUUCUCGAGGACGCCGACGCCGCCUUCAGCAACCGCCGCCAGCAGCGCGAAGCAGACGGCUAUUCCGGCGCCAAUGUGACGUAUUCCGGCCUGCUCAAUGCGCUUGACGGAGUGGCCAGUGCGGAGGAGAGGGUGAUUUUCAUGACGACGAAUCACAUCGAAAGGCUGGACGACGCGCUGAUAAGGCCGGGACGCGUUGAUAUGAUUCUGCAUCUGGACCACGCGGACGAGUGGCAGAUGGGCCGGUUGUGGGAUCGAUUCUAUGCGGAUCCGGCGGUGCCGCAGGAUGCUAGGAAGGAGGCUUUCCUCAAGAGAGCGAGGGAGGUGGGUGUGGUCGGGAAAGUGAGCACGGCGGCGUUGCAGGGCCUUUUCUUGUAUAACAAGGACGAUCCCGAUGGGGCGGUGGAGAUGGUGGAGCAGUUGGCGGUGGGGAGACCCGGCGGGCAAUCAUCACAGCAGGGGGAUGGGCAGCAGAGUGAAGGCGCGGCGUCGUCCUCGAGAUGAAUAUCUCUUGUAUGAGUAGAGGGGAAAGUAAUGUGUACGAUUGGAAGG